CCGACCGCCCGUCUCCGCCUCGCCUCCCGCCCAGGAUGAAACUUCUGUGAGCAGUGAAGAUUUUGAUAUGAACGACUCCACAUGGAUGUCAGCUGACCCACACCUGGCCUCCAGCCUGAGUCCCAGCCAGGACGAGAGGAUGCGGAGCCCUCAGAACCUCCACAGCCAAGAGGACGAUGACUCCUCCUCUGAGAGUGGCAGUGGCAAUGGCUCCUCCACCCUGAACCCAUCCACAUCGAGCAGCACGCAGGGCGACCCCGCCUUCCCUGAGAUGAAUGGCAACGGCGCCGUGGCCCCCAUGGACUUCACCGCCACCUCCGAAGAUCAGCCCAUCAACCUGUGCGACAAGCUCCCGCCGGGCACGGCGCUUGGCACGCCCUCCUACCCCUCCGACGGCUGUGGCACCGAUGGACUGCGGAGCCGUGUCAAGUACGGGGUGAAGACCACCCCUGAGUCGCCCCCUUACAGCUCCGGGAGCUAUGAUUCCAUCAAGACUGAGGUCAGUGGCUGCCCUGAGGACCUGACGGUGGGCCGGGCCCCCACAGCAGAUGACGACGACGACGACCACGAUGACCACGAGGACAACGACAAGAUGAACGACUCCGAGGGCAUGGACCCCGAGCGCCUCAAGGCCUUCAAUAUGUUCGUGCGGCUCUUUGUGGACGAGAACUUGGACCGCAUGGUGCCCAUCUCCAAGCAGCCCAAGGAGAAGAUCCAGGCCAUCAUCGAGUCCUGCAGCCGGCAAUUUCCCGAGUUCCAGGAGCGGGCCCGCAAGCGCAUCCGCACGUACCUCAAGUCCUGCCGGCGCAUGAAGAAGAACGGCAUGGAGAUGACCAGACCCACGCCUCCCCACCUGACCUCGGCCAUGGCCGAAAACAUCCUGGCAGCUGCCUGCGAGAGCGAGACGAGAAAAGCAGCCAAAAGGAUGCGCCUGGAGAUCUACCAGUCCUCCCAGGACGAGCCCAUCGCCCUGGACAAACAGCACUCCCGGGACUCCGCAGCCAUCACCCACUCCACCUACUCACUGCCAGCCUCCUCCUACUCCCAGGACCCUGUGUACGUCAACGGCGGCCUCAACUACAGUUACCGUGGUUACGGGGCCUUGGGCAGCAACCUGCAGCCCCCUGCCUCCCUCCAAACAGGAAAUCACAGUAAUGGGCCCACCGACCUCAGCAUGAAAGGCGGGGCCGCCACGGCCUCCAGCACGCCCACGCCCACGCCCUCCAGCAACAGCACCAGCAGGACCAUGCCCGCCGCCCAGCUCAGCCCCACGGAGAUCAGUGCGGUGCGGCAGCUCAUCGCCGGCUACCGAGAGUCCGCCGCCUUCCUGCUGCGCUCCGCGGACGAACUGGAAAACCUCAUUUUACAGCAGAACUGACCCCGCGGCACCUGGAGUGCACUACCCUAGGGAAGGAGGCUGUCCCGGCCCGGCUUCCUGCCUCACCACUUGGUACAUUUUGUUUUCCGAAAGAGGUGGGAUCCAAAAGAGCUGUUUCUAGCCACACGCCAAGCACCUGCGACUUUGGGCACAAGGACACUUUUUUUUUUUUUUUUUUUUUUUGGAAUCUCACCACACGGGUGCUUUGACCUGCUUGGAAGAGGCCAAUGGGGCAGCUUUGGAAGGGCUGGGGCUCCCCUGACAAGGCGCUGGGGACGCAGCUCUAUUUAGAAUCAUCUUCGUGGACCCUGAUGUUAGAAUCCCACCCCCAGAUAAUUACCUUUCAAGUCUUAGGUGAGCAGAAUUGCAUAUUUAUUGAGAAAAACAAAGUGGACCCUUUCUUCCUCUCCCCUUAGUAAUUUAUUUUUCUGAAAAUGGAUUCUUUUGUGUUUGUACAGAUUGCCAGUCUGUGUCUGUCUGAUCAGAAGGAUGUAUCCCUGUGACCUAACAUUCCAUAUCACUACACUGGCGCGGGCUGGGGGCCGGCAGGGCGGGGUGCGGUGGGGCGGGCGCCGGGCUGGCUGUCCUUCCCAGCGCCCAGCACCGCCAAGCCGGAGGACCUCACCCACACCCAGUGCAAAGCAAAGACAAACAAAAACGGCUCCCCCACCCCCAUUCCACAGAAGCCCCAGUCACACGGCCACCUGUAUUCUACCUCACACUCCAGCGUGGGCUUUUUCCAGGAUGUGCCCUGAGCCCCUUCUGAACGGCUAUCUAUUUCCCGACUCCCCCACACACGGUGUCUGCCUGGGAGACAAGUCCAGAGGGGUGGCCAGGGGCUGGAGUCCGGGCAGGGCUGUGACCCUCUGGAGCAGCUUGCAGC